AGUAUUCAAUAUCAAGUUUGCAUUGGUGGCUCGAAGGUGUUUCGUUGUCAUUUCCCUUUCUUCGUGUUGUAUUUUCGCCAGCUUCACUCCUCCAAUCACUCGCACAGUGCUUCGCGUCCGCCCGUGCAACCGUGGACGGUUGUCUUCUUCUCGCCGUGAGUCCAUCUCGCCGUGAAAGGUUAUCCUACAAUGCUGGCUUUCACUUCCUGUCGUCAUUACUCUUUCUCGCCGUCAGUCCAUCUUGCCGUUGUCGGUGACGGUCAGAGCAUUAGGUAAGUAACACCCUCUCUCAUCGUUCAUUCAUAAAGCCCUAAAAUUGAAAAUCUAGAAAACCCCUAAUUUAACCCUAAUUUGAUUCUGAUUGGCAUGUAACGGUGUGGUUCGGGAGAUGUUGUUCGGGAGGUGUGGUUUGGGAACAUUGGAAUUGAGAUUAAGGACUCUGUCUCAGUUCCAUUUCUCUGCCAGUCAUUUGAUUGUGCACUUAAUUUACUAGUUAUUGUUGGCACUUCCUGAUUCAAGCUAAUGACACCUGUGGCCCUGCCGUAGACUAUUCCAUCCUAGGCUCUACAUUUAAUAUUCAUCAUAGCCAAUAUGCACUUUGCCAGCAAUGAUACAGUCUCUUGCUGGCCCACUCAGAACCCAAUAGAGCGUAGUGUUUAUGGUUCAUUGCCAAUUCUUUGCAGCUUAUAUGUAUGACUAUUCAGAAAUGUAAUAUGACCUCUGUUAGAAACAUCCACCCCUGAUUGCCAUGACUAAUACCAGUGAUAUUUCCAAACCUUAUAAUUGUAUAGCAAUAGAACAAUGAGGCGUUUCAUAGUAUCCUAUAUACAUUAUGUAUCAUCAAAAUGAGGCGUCCUCUACCUUCGUUACCCAUUUGCUUACCAUGUUAUAUACCCUUUGGACUCCUGCUGCUAGUGAAAUAAUGCAACAUAAACUUGUCUUUAUUGAGACUCAGGAUGUGGUAGAGACUACAUUAGCUUUUGAUAACUACCGAAAGGCUUGUGAUUGUGGAAGAGGUGCUAUAUUUUUCUCUGUAGCUAGGGAUUCGAACCCUCACUCUCGCACUCACAUCGCUUCGCUCUUCAAAAAAUCACAGCAUGGCGCGUUCUUGUCCCAGUCCGUUACAACCUGCGGUGCUUUUGGGCGCUCCUUCUUUUCCCAACGCCAUUGCUUGGUCUGACGAGAACCUCAUUGCCGUUGCUUCCGGCCACCUCGUCACCAUUCUUAGACCUGACUUGCCUGUUGGUGGACCACGAGGCGUAAUUAAAAUCUUCCCAAGCCAGCCUCUUUGUGUAGGACUUGUAGAAAGACAAGAUUUACUAUCUGGAUGCCUCCUGCCAACGGCUUUGUAUAGGGAUGAUAAGCCUGUGGUCCGAUCAAUAUCAUGGUCUCCGCUUGGCAUGGCUGCUAAUUCAGGGUGUUUGAUCGCUGUUUGCACCUCUGAAGGACAUGUGAAGAUUUAUCGUCCUCCUUUUUGUGAUUACUGUGCUGAAUGGAUUGAGGUUGUGGACAUAACUAAAAGGCUGUAUGAGAAUCUUAAAUGUACUGAGUUUCGAUGUAUAGGGAUUGCCACAUUGGAUAAAAAUGCAUCAGAUCAAAUGGAUUCUUUGUAUAAACAUAAUGGGAAAUUGUUAAAAGAAAAGCCUGAGAACCACUCGCCCCUGAUAAGUGCUGAUCAAUAUGCUUCUCGUAGUGCAAUGCUAUGUUCCCUUGUUGUUUCAUGGUCUCCCUUGCUGCAUUUAGCAUCUGAAUAUUAUCCAGUUUGCGAUUCUUUCAGUCUGCUUGCUGUUGGAGGGAAAUCUGGUAAAAUUUCUUUAUGGAGGUUUCAUCCACCAGUUUGUUAUACUAUUGACGACAAAGACAUUCCAACUACUGUGAAGUUUGCUGGCCUCCUUCAUGCACACAAUUCUUGGGUUACUACUAUAAGUUGGUUGUUGUUUGAUUUUGAUCCUUCAAAUCCUCAAAUUUUAUUAGUUUCUGGAAGCUCUGAUGGGAGUGUGAAGAUUUGGUUGGCUGACAAUGACAAAUUGCUGAAAUUGUCCAAAAUGGAUCAAACUUCCUUCUCGCUAUUGAAGGAGGUUAUGACACUCAAUGCUGUCCCAGUUUCUGUACUCUCAGUAACUGUGCAUGUUCAAUACCCUUCGAAGAUUCUUUUAGCCAUUGGCAAAGUUUCUGGUUCAUUUGAAAUAUGGCUAUUCGACAUAUCUUCAAGGGAAUUUGAUAAGCUUGGCUCAUAUUAUGCUCAUGAUUAUGUCGUUACAGGUUUGACCUGGGCAUUCGGUGGAAGAUUUUUGUACAGCUGUAGCCAGGAUAAUUUAGUGCAGAGCUGGAUUUUGCGUGAGAAUCAUCUUGAUGAAGUAACUCUCAAUUCUGAUAUGCCCCGUGACAGCUCAAUUAAUAUUUCGAGAGAUGCAUUUGAUUCAUGUUUUGGUGUAGCAGUGUCCCCUGGAAAUCUUGUCAUUGCUACUGUUCAUUGCUUUGAUGUUGAGAAAUUGAAUCGAAUGUAUGAAGGAAGGGUUCUGAGGGCAGCCAUUGAUUACUUUUGGAUUGGCGGGCUACAAAUGGAAGUUCAGCUGAAAUCUCCUUUUUCAUGUUGCAUUGAAGGAAAUUCUAGUUAUCUGGAGAAAGAAUUAAUUUAUUGGGGAACCAAUAUCAUAUGGUCUUUAAACCAAUAUCAAUGUCAUGAUAAGCCUUUGGUUCUUUGGGAUAUAAUUACAGCAUUAUUGGCGUUCAAGGAUCACAAUUCAAAAUAUGCAGAACAUAUAAUCAUUAAGUGGAUUGCAUCAUCAUUCCUUCAAUUAGAUAUGGAUCUUCCUUCUGAAAAAGUUUUAUCAUUUGUCUGUUCAAGGUUCUCGGAAAUUCCAUGUCGACUGCUGCAUUUGUUUAAUAUAAUCUGUAGACGUGUAAUAUUAGCAGAGCUGGAUGCUGAUCAAAUAACUGGAUUAACCAGAAAGGUUGAAAAGCUGGAAAGGGUAUGUCCUGCCAUGGAAAAAGACAUUACAAAGUGGACAGAAAUUCUUCUAAGCAGUGAAAGGGAGCUCCGGAAAAGGCUUGUGGGUUUUAGUUUUUCCAUUUUCCGAACUAGCAUGUCCAAUCCUGAAACAUCUUCCCAACAUGGUUGUUGGUAUCCAGUUGGACUAGCACAGAUGGAACAAUGGAUUGCUUCAGACCAGAAACAUUUAGGUGACCAGUUGAAAGCCAUUGUUUCAGAAGUUAGUCAGAAGAAAAGGUUCCUGGCCAAUAGAUGUUCAGCAGUGGAGACAUGCAGUUUUUGUUCAGCAUCCGUUCCAUUUGAAUCCCCUGAGUUUGGUUUUUGUCAAUGUGAAAAUUCCAGUGAUGAUGUUAAGCCUCACAGGUUACUGAGAUGUGUUGUUUGUAUGCAGGUUUGCCCCAUUACUCCCUUGUGGUAUUGUGUCUGUUGCCAUAGGGCAGGGUUUAGAUUGGCACCAGAGCCACUUUUUAGAAUGUCUUCAUUUCAUGUAGAUUCAGAGUCUUUCAUUAAAUCUUCCUCUCAAGCAGUGUCCUCAAAACCGUUUUGUCCCUUUUGUGGAAUACUGCUACAGAGACAACAACCAGACUUUCUCCUCUGUCCUAGACCCGUAUAAGAAUAUUUAAUAUUAUUUUUA